GCUCGCGGCGCGCGCGCCAGUCCGCUGCUGAUAUUCUUGGUGUACGGACGCAGUCCCGUGUCGUGACAGUCGUGACGUCGUGACGCGCCCUCAGUGUUGUGACGUGACGGGCGGGUGCAGCCGGUGCAGCCUGUCAUUCCCCGACCUGCCCACCGCUCGGACUGGAAGAUUUGCCUGUUGCGUCCGGGCCGACUGUCAUGUGAUUGGGGAGAGCAACCGCCGGUGACGCAUUCCCCAGUAGCUCACUGGCUAUGUCGACUAGGGGACGUCGCUAAGUUCAUCUGGAUUGUUCAGUGCUGGGGCCGAUCUCAACUCCGAAGGCUGCGUGCGCUGCGUGGGCACUCCCCCUCAACCUGGAGCUCGUACAGACCCUCAGGUCCAAGAUGGGCAGCAGCUGCUGGAGCGGCAAGGCGGGCCGCACCCGCAAGAAGAGCAGCACCAAGAGCAGCCACGGCCUGUCGGACCAGGCCUGCGUGCCCGGCAGGAUCAGGCCCAUCAAGAUCACGGCCGUGGGCGACGGCAUGGUGGGCAAGACGUGCAUGCUCAUCACGUACACGUCCAGGAGGUUCCCCACGGAGUACGUCCCGACUGUCUUCGACAAUUAUUCCGACAAUCUGGCAGUGGACGGGCAGGAAUUCAACAUGACUCUUUGGGACACUGCAGGUCAAGAAGAUUACGAGAGGCUUCGACCACUCUCUUAUCCUAAUACUGAUUGCUUCCUACUGUGCUUUUCGGUUGGUAGCCACAGUUCAUUUGAGAACAUUUUCAGCAAGUGGUUCCCUGAAAUAAGACAGCAUUGUCCAAAUGUGCCCAUUGUUCUUGUUGCCACCAAAACAGACUUGCGAGAGACACAGGCAGACAGUGUUACCACUGCAGAAGGUAGAAGAAUGCGCAAGAAAAUUAAUGCUUCACGUUACAUUGAAUGUUCUGCAAAAGCUAAUGAGGGUCUUCAAGAGGUGUUCAUUGAAGCGGUUCGUGCGGUCAUCAAAAAACCAACACCACUCAAAAAGAAGUUGUUUUGCAACUUCAUCUAGUCUAUACAAGAUUUCUUAAACAAGGGAAAGUUUAUUUUGAACUAUCAUUCACAAUGCAUUGGCUUGUCAGUGCAUGUGAACUGGAAUUGAAAAGAGCUCCGUCCUAAGCAGUUUACUACAGACUAAGCCUCAGACUGAGAGCAAUCACCAAUAAACUCUCGAGCAUCUCAACUCACAUUUAGGUUCAUCUCAUAGAUGAAGGUGAAUUACUUGGAUGUUGUACAAGGGAUCUCAAAUCAAAAUACUUGAAAAAUCUAAAAGAAUUGGUUGCUAGCAACUCGUGAUUCUUCUAUAGAAUUUGACAUGCCUAUUUGCCGUAAAAUUAAUUUAUCUCAGCUGUUACUUUGGACAUUCCCAACCCAUUUCCAGCCUUCAUAGCACCCCCCCCCUCUUAAAAAAAGGCAUUCCUUAUGUGAGAGAAAAAUAAGUAACUGGCUGAUUAAUUUUGAACAAGCUGGCUUAGCAAUUUACUUGCUAAAAUAAUCCUGAUCCUAUUUCUAUUUAUGAAAUGUUAUAAAUUGUAACAUUUAGCUUAUCAAAUUUUCUUGAAUCAAAACAUGUGGAAUAUUACUUAUUUACUUAUACCUGUAGUAGUUGUUACUUGUAAUGCUGUGUGUGUAUUUUUAGCCAAAGACUUUUUUUCUUCUUUUCAAAGCAAUGGAAGGUGGAUGUGUACUUUAUAAGUGAAAAUGUAUUUAUUAUAAUAAAGUUUAGAAAUUUAGCUUAA